UGCCUCCCUUGCAUUGCUUUCGCAGGGGCCGUCUGCUGUUUCAAGCUCAUCGGGACAGUUCAGAGGGCUUAGUUAUGAACUUUACUGUUAUUUAAAUUCUGGAUAUUGUACAUUUUGGACAGUCGAUCUGCUUUUCAUCGUAUAUCACAGUUUCCAGGCUGAUAUAGAUCUAGUGAUAUUCUACAAUGUCUCGACAAGGGAAUCGCGCUGGUGAUCCCAGAAAAGUGAAUGGAGAAUUAUUCACACUGACAUACGGAGCUUUAGUGGCCCAACUGAUCAAAGAUUAUGAAAAUGAUGAACAAGUUAAUAAGCAACUGGACAAAAUGGGAUACAACAUGGGUGUGCGCCUAAUUGAGGACUAUCUUGCUCGUGCCAAUACUGGGCGAUGUAAUGAUUUCAGAGAGACAGCUGAUGUAAUAGCAAAGGUAGCCUUCAAAAUGUACCUUGGUUUGACUCCGGUGGUAAGCAACUGGAGCGCUGCUGGUGAUGAAUUUUCUCUUCUGCUCGAAUCAAACCCUCUCACAGAGUUUGUUGAGCUUCCCCCUGGUCACUCAAACCUGAAUUAUUCCAACAUCAUGUGUGGCAUCCUAAGGGGUGCUUUGGAAAUGGUACAGAUGGAUGUGGAUGUAAGAUUUGUGCAGGACACCUUAAAGGGGGACAACAUUACCGAGAUAAGGCUCAAGUUCAUCAAACGGUUGGAGGAUGCUGUUCCAGUUGGAGAAGACUAAAAAAUAUUCGGGGUUUUUUUCUGUUUUUCAGUGUGUUUGAUCUACCUGAAUGUCCUCUGCUUAGUGUAAGACUCCGCCAUACGUUGUUUUGAAAAGUUGCGUAUGACAGAGCCUUACACUGUGCAGUCAGUGUGCUGGAUGUGUGUAUGUGUAACUGAAUGUCAUACACUUCAAGGGAGUGUACUGGAUGAUUUUGUUUUAAAAGUGUUGGUAGUUGCAAUUUUGUAAUGAUUCUAUGGUACAGGUACUACUUUUCUGUGGACAUAUAUAUUUGGAUGUUUUCACGUAGGGACCAAGUUUUAGUCUUGAGUUAUCUUUAUGCUAUGCAGCAAUAUGUAGGUACAUGCACCUGGCAUUUUAAUUAAUUCUUUGGUUCGGUUGUCAAUAUUAUUGUCAUAUAUUUAGGUAGGUACGGUACUCAAAAACAACCUUUGCGCUGAGGAGGGAAAGAUGCUAUUUUUCACACCGUUCUAUCCAUAAGUCUCAAAGUUUAUAUUCUCUGCGUGGAAAAGCAAAAUACAUGCCUAGAAAGAGUGUCUUUUUGCUGUUUCUUUCAUACUAGUGACGUGUACAAAAGAUAUUAUCUUGUGCUUGCUUUUGUGGAGCAAAACUAGUGUAUGUGCCAUUUUUUUAAGCUGCUGUGACUGACAAACCAGGGAGUGACUUCCUUUCACUUUCAUCAUUCAGCAAACCAUGUCAAAAUUCAGUAUUGGGCAAUAAUUUCAUUUUCUUCAGCAGUGCAUGGGCUUUCCACAUCAAACUUAUUUAUGAUAAAUAACAAGGUCAAUUAAGUGUACUGCCGUACUUGAUGGUAAAUAGGUAGCUCUAUUAAGUAGGCUGGUGCACGCUAGCAUAUAUAGCUAUGCGGACCUCUUUAAUCAAGGUGACCAGAGUCAUUUGAUCAAGUGAGAUGUACCUGUUUUGGUAAUGGAUAGCUUUCUUACUUAAAAGAAUGAAAUUAAACAUCUUGAUAAGAUUAAAUUAAUUAAUAGUUGUUACAAAUUUUUUAAUUAUCUAUGAAACUGAUCUAAUUGCAACAAAACUUGAAGAUCAAAACCUCAGUCCAAAUGCCUUUUGAGUUCCUCAUGUCAUUGUCACACCCCUCAGAAGUCUGUAUCAAGGUGAAUGUCUGCUGUGUGCAUCUUGUAGAGUCUGUUGUUCCUCCAACCGAGUUGGCAAGAAGCUGAUACAUGUCCACAAGACGCUUACUUUUUUCCCCAAAGUUCAUUUUGUAUAUUUUGUCGAUUGUUGUGCUGUGGAAAAAAAAGGGAUCUAGUGCAAUGUUGAGUGACAUGAAAGAAAGUGAAUGUAUUGAAACUGUAUGGUUUUAGUCUUAAAAAGGCUUUCAUAGUUGAAAUAAAUCCUCCCAAUGGUGUGCAGCAUCUCUAGUGAAUCGAA